AUUUUUUUCGAUAGAUUUUACAAUCAAAACAACAAUAAAAAAUGACCUGAUUCAUUCAAUUAGUGUGAUAUAUUUUGCUCAAUAAAUUUUUUUUGAAAAAUAAUACUCAAACAAAAAUCAAAACAAUGCGAAGUCGAAGCAAUUCAACCGUACGUCUCGAUUAUUAUCAGCGUUUAGUUUAUAAAACUAUACUCAAUUAUCAGAAUCCUGUUACAGGUCUUCUACCAACACCAACAAGUCAUCCAUCAUGUUUGAAUCAUGCAUGGGUACGUGAUAAUCUUUAUUCAAUAAUGGCUGUAUGGGCAUUAGCAAUGGCAUAUAGAAAAAAUGAUGAUUUUGAUGAAGAUCGUGCUAAAACAUAUGAAUUAGAACAAAGUUGUGUCAAAAUGAUGCGUGGCCUAUUGGUUGCAAUGUUACAACAAAAAGAUAAAGUAGAAUCAUUUAAAGAAUCACAAUCAACUUCGGAUGCUUUGCAUGCAAAAUAUUCAGCAUCAACAAUGUUACCAGUUGUUGGUGAUAAUGAAUGGGGUCAUCUACAAUUGGAUGCAACAUCAUUGUUUCUGUUAAUGUUAGCACAAAUGACCGCAUCUGGUUUGCAGAUAAUAUUUACAUUGGAUGAAGUUGCAUUCAUACAAAAUCUCAUAUUCUAUAUUGAAUCAGCAUAUUGUAUACCUGAUUAUGGUAUUUGGGAACGUGGUGAUAAAACUAAUCAUGGUUUGCCGGAAUUAAAUGCCAGUUCUAUUGGUAUGGCAAAAGCAGCAUUAGAAUCAAUGAAUGAAUUGGAUCUGUUUGGUGGUAAAGGUGGUCCUUCAUCGGUUAUUCAUGUAUUACCGGAUGAAAUUCAAAAAUGUCAUGCCGUAUUGGAAUCAAUAUUACCACGUGAAUCAAAUUCAAAAGAAAUUGAUGCAUCAUUGCUGUCGAUAAUAAGUUUUCCAGCAUUUGCUGUUGAAAAUCCUAAAUUGAUUCAACAAACGCGUGAAGAAAUUAUUGAAAAACUUUGCGGUAGAUAUGGUUGUAAAAGAUUUUUACGUGAUGGACAUAAAACUGCUAUUGAAGAUCCAAGUCGACUAUAUUAUGAGCCAUCUGAAUUGAAAGCAUUUGAAAACAUUGAAUGUGAAUGGCCAUUAUUUUUUUGUUAUUUAAUAAUUGAUGGUUUAUUUUCCGAUAAUCCUGAUAUGGUUACUGAAUAUUCUGAACGAUUAGAUGGAUUAUUGGUGGAAGUUGAUGAUUUAUUAUUAGUACCAGAAAUGUAUGCUGUACCUAUUGAUCUAGUGGAGGCUGAAUAUCGUCAACCACAUUCACAAAAACGUAUUUAUACUGGUAGUUGUCCAUUUAUGUGGAGUCAAUCAUUAUAUUUGGUAGGUAAAUUAUUGCAAGAAGGUUUUUUACAACCAAGUGAAUUGGAUCCAUUAAAUCGCCGGUUAUCAAUGUGGAAAAAACCUGAUAUUGUUGUGCAAAUUGUUGUAUUGGCUGAAGAUGAAAUGGUCCAGGAACGUAUGGCAAAAUAUGAUAUUAAUAUCCAAACGAUGAAUGAAAUAUCACCGAUUGAAGUACAAUCAGCUGAAACAUUGGGACAUUUAUAUUCAUAUUUGGGUAAAAAUGAUAAACUUGGCCUUUCGGGUCGUGUUUCACGUGAAGUUGGAAUUCUAUCGACAAGUAAAUUAUAUUCAUUAUUGGAUAAGAUUUUUGUAUUCACACCACAAUCCCUGGAUCGUUUCAAUUUCUACACUGUUAAUGAUGUGAAUCUUUUGGCUAGUAAUUUUCGUCAAAGUAUUUAUAUGUUGAAAAGUAAUUGGCGUGAAUUAGGUCGGCCAAUAUUGACAAUAAUAUUAUAUCGACAAUUCAUAUUGGAAAAUGAUCGUCCACCAGCAGCAAUAUUAUCAACAUUCAAAAAGAUUAAAAGUGGUUAUUUGAGUGGUACACGUGUUGUUUAUGGAAAUCUUUCCGAUUUCCUAAGUACAUCUUGUAUAACAAAUCUGAGUUUUUUGGCCAAUAUUGAAAAAGGACAACCAGAUCAAUUGAAUCCAUCGGUACGGGCGUUUUUAGAACGACAACUGUCGAAACCAUUUUCACCAUUAUUUCGUAUACGACGACAAUCAUCGGGGAAACGAAAAAUCAGUGUUCGUUCAAGAAAAUCCGCUAUAACCGGUAUAAUUAAACGUACACGCUCAAUACAAAUUGAUCAAUAUGAUCCAGAAUUGCAAAAAUUACGCAAUACAUAUGAUGCUCGAAUGCAACAAGAAUGUUCGAAUGUUUCAUCAUCAACAACACCACCAUCAACGGUAGAAGAAUGUUUAAUGACUAUGGAUGAUCAAUAUAAUAAUGAUGAAACGAUGAUGAUGGAUCAAUCUAAUCAAUUAGAUAAUCGAUUACAAAAUUUAAACAAAUUGAAUAAAUUAUCUGAUCUUACCAUAAAUGAACAUCUGACUGAUGAAGAAUUGAUAAAUAUGUUCAAAGAAACGGAAAUUCUUGAAGAACAUGCUGACAUUUUACAUUAUCUAUUCUAUAAUAAGAGUUUAGAUUGGAAGACUGGAAUCAUAUCGAACAAUAAUCAAAUAAUGACAUUACGUGAUUUAUUGAAAGAUAUUUAUGAAAAAGCAUGUUCGGAUAAAAAAUGGGCAUUAGUGCGGCAUUCAGCAGGAAUGUUGGGUAAACAAGGUGAAGAUUUAGCAAAAUCCGUUGCUGAUUUAUUGGUUCGACAAAAACAAAUAACAGUUGGCAUGCCACCACACUAUGAACAAGCCAUUACACGACCAUUGCCUGUUAAAGAAUUAAGACAAAUUAUUGAUCAAGCACAUUGUGGUGAUCAAAGUACAGCAAUGUUAACACAUGAAUUAAUUAUUUAUUUAUCAAUGUUUAUACGUACUGAACCACAUUUGUUUGUUGAAAUGUUACGACUGAGAAUUGGAUUGAUUAUUCAGGUGAUGGCAUCAGAAUUAGCACGAGCAUUAAUGUGUGAUGGUAUCGAAGCAUCUGAACAUUUAUUGAAUUUAAGUCCAUAUGAAAUGAAAACACUGUUACAUCAUAUAAUCAGUGGAAAAGAAUUUACAAUUCGUAGUGCACGAAGUGGUCGAAUAUCGAUUAUAAAUGACCGAAUGUUAAGUCGUCGAAGUAUCAUAACCGAUGAUGGUGAUGGUGAUGGUAUCGAUGAUAUUGGAGAAAGUAAUGCUGAUAAUAUUGGUGGUGGUGCAAUUGGAUUCGAAUCCGAUCGUCAUGGUCAAUGGUUACGACGUAGACGGCUAGAUGGUGCACUGAAUCGUGUUCCAAUUGGAUUCUAUUCUAGAGUUUGGAAUUUAUUAGAAAAGUGUGAAGGAAUCGCUAUUGAAGGAAGAAUUCUAAUAAAUCAAUUAACACGUGAAAUGACUGCCGGUGAAUUGAAAUUUGCAUUACAAGCCGAACAGGUAUUAAAUUCAAUACCACAACCAGAAUAUCGACAAUUGAUUGUUGAAGCAUUAAUGGUGCUGACAAUGUUGGUUGAAAAUUCACCAACAAUCAAUUUGGGAAAUGUUAUUAAUGUUGAACAAUUAGUACAUCGUGCAAAUCAAUUAUUUCUUUCGGAUCAAUUAGAAUUUGGUGGUGAUGCCAUUCUUUGUUGUGCACAUAACGAUGAUAACGGUAAUGAACAAUCAUCAAUGAGAUAUGAUUGCUCUGGUGCAGCAAAAAUAUGUCAACAUUUUUAUGAUAGUGCACCAAGCGGUAAUUAUGGCACAAUGAUCUAUCUAAUACGCUCAACAAUCGAAUCAUUCGAUUGUUUUUCCAAUCAUGAUUCAUUUGAUUGUAAAAUUCAAUGAAAAUCUUUCUUUCCCUUCCAGAAAACCUCUUUGCCAUUUCCACUAUUAGUUAGAGUUUCUUUAAUUAACA